AUGGUCGUGACGACGGUAGCCACUCCCACACGGUCGAAUUCUGCUGUCAAACCAUCCAACCCCAAUUCCCACUUCGCACACGCUACGCCUAAUGGCAGACAAGAUGUCCUGGCUCUCAAGCAACAAUUAGCUGAUGCUUUGGGAGAAAACGGUCCUUUGUAUUGGGAUUCCUUACGAGAAUUUAUUACCGGAAAGCUCAAUCGCCAGGAAUUCGACUAUUUUGCCCACCAAUAUGUGAAAAAGAAUAAUGCCCACCUUCAUAAUGCUUUUAUAUUAGCUACCAUUCAUAAUGCACUUUCGGAUGCACCUCCCCCUUUGAAGCAGCGAGCGAUAGGAUGGGCAAAACGCAAGCGAGGGAAGGAUGGGUCAUACCGAACUGCUGCAGGGCAAGGAAGAGAUCCAAAAAGGCUCAAAAUGGACGUCAUGUCACUAAGUCGCGUUGAUCGUGAAAAAUUGAAACUGUUAUUAAAGCUCCAAGAAUUAGCAAGCCUCCAACCAUUCCCUUCCCCACAGAACAACUACCCAGCAUCUAAGGAACUACCAAGUGCCGACGGUCUACGCCCGAGAAUGACGACUAUUGCGUACGAAAGUGGUUUGAUGGGUGGCGUGAAUGAAGAGGUUUUGGAAGCCAUGGCACUCGCUCUUGAGAUUCACAUCAAGUCGGUCAUAUCUACAACUAUAUCCAAGAUUCGUGUAAACAGAACCCUAGGUCCAAAGUGUGCUAAUAUCCGAAAUGUAAUAAGGAAGGAAGCUCAGUCUCUGUCUUCACAAAAUGCAGAUGCUGCCGUUGGAUCACCCGGACCCAGCUCCCCAGUUAACAACGGAUUUGCCCUAGCAUCACCUGCACCUGUCACAUCUCAAACCACGAAAAGCAGUAUUUCAGACAAACCCUUCAUAGCCACGAAAGACCUUGCUUUUGCAUUCGAUCUCUCUCCUUAUAUAUUGGUUGAGACACCCCUCAGUGCUGAGAGGGUCACGACCCUCAUUGGUGAUAGCGAGGACGAGGAAGAUGAGUAUGACGACACGGAUGACGAGUUAGAGAGUGAUGAAGGCGAGUUUGAGAUAUAA